AUGGCGGACAUGCAUAGACGGAGCGAGAGCUCGGUAGAGGAUGGUGAGAUCAAGAGUAGGAUUUCAGACAAUAGCGCGUCUGGCCCUCAAGCCACCCAGGUGACUCAGCCACAAAUUGAGGGCAUGGAUGCAAAGCGUCUUGUUAAUACAGCGAACUCUGCAGCUGGAAAAGGCACCCUCAAUGGCACAUUAUCGGCCUCCAGUAAAACAUCUGGCUCGAAUUACCAAAUUUCCAGCACUUACCUCUCGGAAGCGGUAGAUGCCUCGAGUGUCACUCAUUGCCUCGAAGAUAGUGAGCCAACGAAGCCUACUAAUGAUCAGUCUCCGGUAGUUGGUCUGGCUGCUCCAGUUCUGAAAGUCGACGACUUGACCUCGAGCGACCACGAUGAUUCGAAGGGGCCUGCGAAGAAAAACGAUUCCGACGGUAAAGGUGCGAAUACUCGUACAUCCUUCGCAAAGAACGUGAGCCCCGGGGCAGACGAAUGGUCUCAAGAAACUGACAAGAUAGCUACGACUUCCUCACAAGAGAACACAGCUGGAUCCGGGGGCUUUACAGGUGCCACGAACGGGCAUCACCAAGAUGCAGAUGAGGCAUCCAUUUCGCGAGCCAGGUUUGCCCUUUCCAGCGAGGCUACUGCACUGAGUCAGAGUAUCCACACUUCAAAGUUCCAGCACUUACCCCGCGCUCCUCGUCGACCUCAGUUUAACAACGGGCAGCAGUACUACGAUCGUACUGAUCCUAGAGACGAGACCCGGAUGCUACAAGCUAAGCUGCAGAAAGCCAAUCAGACCCUCGAAGAUGAACGAAGGGCUCAUAAGGCCGAACUCGAGCAUACAGAGACCCGCGUCCGCCAUGAUUGUGAGGCAACACUGCAACAGAUUUGUAGCGGCAUCUUGGGCCAGCAGGUUGCAAUCGUCAAACGGACAGUACAUUUGAAAAAGAAGGAAUUCGACUUGGAGGCCCGUGAAAGGCUGAUCGGGAAAACUGAGCACCUUCUUACGAUUGGGCAGAAGCAAUUUGCAGGCGCAGAUGCAGAUGAACAAGACCUAGAGACAUUCGUUGAUAUCAACGACGCGAUCAUCCGCGAGAGAGUCAUCCAGGAGAUCGGUCGUCGUGAUCGUAAAGUCGACGCCCAGCUCGCUAUCAAGAAGGAGGAGUUGAAGAGCCGCGAGAGUGCCAUCGAGAUGCGAGAGAAAGCCUAUUCCACCAUGCAUAAGGUUCAAGUUCACGAAAGGUUAGAAAUCCAGAUUCGAGCCGAGCUAGAGCAGAUGAUGAUCACCCGGGAAAACGCAGAGUACGAGCGGGGGCUCGCUGAAGGCAAGGCUUUAGGACAAGCUGAGGGUAAUGACCAACUACGAGACAACUACUACGACCAGGGCUUCGCAGCUUGUCAUAACAUGUUCGAUCGCUUAAAGAGGUUCCAAGCUGGUCUGCUGCCGCACGACAGCCCGGAGUUGGCUUUUCUCUUUGAUGCAAGCCACCCGGAUAACCCCUUUACUCUUGGAUUGCAGAUCGGCCGGCGGCAUUCGGCGAUGUCUCCCCAACAGUCUCUCGUCUUGGACAAGCUUGGUUAUCCGAUGCCUCGCUCGCAACCUGCUGGUCUCCCCAGCCGAGUCGGUCCUAGCACGGUGAAUGGUAACGGUAGCAAAAGAUUCGCAUCCGCAAGGCCACACCCUCAGGCACAGCUCAAUGGACGUUCUGAUGGGCACGCCGAAACCGCGAACAGCAAUGGUAUCCCUGCAUCUACGCAAUCGCACCCUUACGCUAACACCAAGCGGUACACUAAUGGACACACGAAUGGCGCGAACGAUAUGGAGGCUCCCAGUGCUAGCCCUCGCGAUCGUUUAGAAGGGCUUAACACGCUCCAGUCACCUGACCUCGACACCACGGCGGACACUACUUUCGGUGUCCCUAAGUAUAGCGCCAGGAGCGCACCUCUACCCCUGAAUUCAUCAGUUCAUGUCCAAAAUCCUCAGACACCGACCUCUGGCAGCGAUGCCACGGAAGGAAACUGCACAACUGGCGACCGCACCGAUGGCGGCACUGCCCGGUCAAACAACGAGGUGCCCACAUUCCUCUCAGGCAGGAGACUCCUAUCCUAUGGUCGGCCGGUGUCCAAGGAUGAGAAGGUGCACGAAGAGGACAAGCAGGUGAAUCUGAUAGAUUUGUGCUAG